AUAUUAGAGUUGAUUUUUGACUCUUAAUUGGUCAUUCAAUUUCUAGAAACCACCUCUCUAUUCCCAGAAAAAAAAAAAAAUCCUAAUUGGACUGCACAUCCUUAUCCCUUUCUCUUUUCCUUUCUUUUAUUUUGCCCUUUUCUGAACGUGACUCAGAUUAAAGUUUGCAUUUCAUAAUUCCUAAAGCAACUGAACAGGAUUCUGCAUUUGCUUAAUGGUCCAGUGGCUCUUUCAAUACACUGCUAGCAAUAACUUUUGCUGAUAUUUAAAGCCUCAGCUUAUCAAAAUGGAAGCGGAUCAUUGUGCGAGACGGUAUCAUUGAGAGCUUGAAGCACUUUUGGUGAACAUUUCACCAGUUGGGAAGCAUUUCUACAGAUACAAGCUUCAAGAACUCAUUAUUCUGAUCACUUCCUCUCAGCUGAGCAAACAAUUUCUUUAUAGAUGCAAGCAUCUCAGAAGCACUCCACUUCAUCUGGUGUCCAUUUAUACCACCAGCCUGUGCAGGACAUUGAUGCAUACACUCAUUACCAAAUAUUACAAAGCAAUUCAAGCCAUGGCAACAACAACAGCCAUGGAGCCGCCGCUUCUUUCGAAACCUGCAAGGAGAAUUACUUCACCCUGGAAUCAUCAUCCCCAGCAGCCACCGAUCUCAUAGGUUGUGAUUCUGCUUCCGAUGCCAGUGUAUCAUCCAAUUAUAGGAGUCCUUCUCAGUCAUACCAUUCAGAUCAGCAUCAAUCCUCCGACAACACCUACGGAUCGCCAUCAAUAAGCGCGCACUCAAGCGACGACGGUAGCUACAAAUUGAAGCACAAACUUCGCGAGCUCGAGAUUUCAUUGCUGGGGCCAGACUCAGAUGCAGUUAACAGUUGCAACUGCUGCUUCAAGGGCGGACCAUCUCCAAUAGCUAAUUACAACUGGGCACAGAUUGAGGAAAUGAUCCCAAAGCUAGACUUGAAAGAUGUCCUCAUUCGAUGCGCGCAGGCCGUGUCAGAUGGUGAUAUGCAAACAGCUCUUGGCUGGAUGAAUAAUGUGUUAGGAAAAAUGGUGUCAGUUGCUGGGGAUCCAAUUCAGAGGCUAGGAGCUUACAUGUUGGAGGGUUUAAGAGCCAGGUUGGAGUCAUCAGGGAGCUUAAUCUACAAAGCCUUGAAGUGUGAACAACCAAUUACAAGCAAAGAGCUUAUGAGUUACAUGGACAUUUUGUAUCAAGUUUGCCCAUAUUGGAAAUUUACUUACAUAUCUUCCAAUGUUGUUAUUGGAGAAGCAAUGCAAAAUGAAUCCAGAAUUCACAUAAUUGACUUCCAAAUCACACAGGGCACACAGUGGUUAUUACUUAUCCAGGCUCUAGCGUCUAGACCCGGCGGUCCUCCAUUCAUUCGUGUGACCGGUGUUGAUGAUUCACUAUCGUUCGAUGCUCGGGGCGGCGGACUUCAUAUUGUUGGAAAAAGGUUAUCAGAUUUUGCAAAGUCUUGUGGGGUGCCAUUUGAGUUCCACAGUGCUGCCAUGUCAGGCUGUGAGGUUGAGCUUGAGAACCUUGUAAUUCGACCCGGCGAAGCUCUGGCUGUGAAUUUUGCGUUUUUUCUGCACCACAUGCCGGACGAAAGCGUGAGCACAGAGAAUCACCGAGACAGGUUGCUGAGAUUGGUGAAGAGCUUGUCGCCAAAGGUUGUGACCCUUGUUGAGCAAGAAUCCAACACAAACACUUCUCCAUUUUUCCAAAGGUUUGUCGAGACAUUGAGUUACUACUCUGCCAUGUAUGAGUCAAUAGAUGUCGCCCUCCCUAGAGAUGAUAAGAAUAGGAUCAGUGCGGAGCAGCACUGCGUAGCGCGUGACAUUGUCAACAUGAUUGCUUGCGAGGGGGCGGAGAGGGUGGAAAGGCAUGAGCUCUUUGGAAAGUGGAGGUCAAGAUUUUCAAUGGCAGGUUUUGUGCCAUGCCCCUUGAGUUCCUCAGUGACAGCUUCAGUUAGAAAUAUCUUGAAUGAGUUCAAUGAGAAUUAUAGGCUUGAACAUAAAGAUGUUGCUCUAUAUCUUACUUGGAAGAACAGAGCUAUGUGUACCGCUUCUGCAUGGAGAUGUUUCUAACUCACUGUCAUAGCCAUAGGUAUAUGUGUAUUUUCUUCAUUGUUCCUUGUUCUCUUUUUGUGACAUUUAGGCAUAGUUCAGGCUUAUCUGCAAUUUCACUACAGGACUAGAGAUUUAGCUAGGUUCCAACUUGUAUCUCUUCCUUAAGUGGUUUAGACAGCUGAAUCUCUAAACUUGUACAUUUCAAUAAUAUAGCUAGAAUGAAAGAAAAAGAAAUCUUGGUCAUAGUUUUUUA